CUAACAAACACACAUACUCUAACUUCCACCCUUCUCUCUCGCUCUCUUGCUCAUCAUUCUUGUGAUCUCAUUUCUCUCAUCAUAACCAAAAAUGGCGUUGGUGGUAGAGAAAACCACGUCCGGCCGUGAAUACAAGGUCAAGGACAUGACCCAGGCCGACUUCGGACGCCUCGAGAUCGACCUCGCCGAGGUCGAAAUGCCCGGUCUCAUCUCCUGCCGAACCGAGUUCGGUCCCUCUCAGCCCUUCAAGGGCGCCAAGAUCACGGGCUCCCUCCACAUGACCAUCCAGACUGCCGUCCUCAUUGAGACCCUCACCGCCCUCGGCGCUGAGGUCCGCUGGUGCUCCUGCAAUAUCUUCUCCACGCAGGACCACGCUGCUGCCGCGAUCGCUCGCGACAGCGCUGCGGUCUUCGCGUGGAAGGGAGAGACUCUGCAGGAGUACUGGUGGUGCACUGAGCGGGCACUCGAUUGGGGUCCCUCCGGGGGACCUGACCUUAUCGUCGACGACGGCGGUGAUGCCACGCUACUCAUCCAUGAGGGUGUUAAGGCUGAGGAGGUGUAUGAGAAGGAUGGGACGUUUCCUGAUCCGGCUUCCACUGACAAUGCUGAGUUCCAGAUCGUGCUUACCAUCAUCAGGGACGGGUUGAAGACCGAUCCUCACAGGUACCGCAAGAUGAAGGAGAGGCUCGUCGGUGUUUCGGAAGAGACCACCACCGGUGUCAAGAGGCUUUACCAGAUGCAGGCUAAUGGUACCCUCUUGUUCCCCGCUAUCAAUGUCAAUGACUCUGUCACCAAGAGCAAGUUUGAUAACUUGUACGGGUGUCGUCACUCACUCCCCGAUGGUCUGAUGAGGGCCACUGAUGUCAUGAUCGCCGGUAAGGUUGCUGUUGUCGCUGGUUAUGGAGAUGUUGGCAAGGGUUGUGCUGCUGCCUUGAAGCAGGCUGGUGCUCGUGUGAUUGUCACUGAGAUUGACCCCAUUUGUGCUCUUCAAGCUCUCAUGGAAGGCCUCCAAGUCCAAACCUUGGAGGAUGCUGUUUCUGAGGCUGACAUCUUCGUUACCACCACUGGUAACAAGGACAUCAUCAUGGUAGACCACAUGAGGAAGAUGAAGAACAACGCCAUCAUUAGCAACAUUGGCCACUUUGACAAUGAGAUCGACAUGCACGGCCUCGAGACAUACCCCGGUGUGAAGCGCAUCACGAUCAAGCCUCAAACUGACCGGUGGGUCUUCCCUGAUACCAACUCAGGUAUCAUUGUCUUGGCGGAGGGUCGGUUGAUGAACUUGGGGUGUGCCACAGGGCACCCUAGUUUUGUGAUGUCCUGCUCCUUCACAAAUCAGGUCAUUGCUCAGCUUGAGCUGUGGAAGGAGAAGGGUUCUGGGAAAUAUGAGAAGAAGGUGUAUGUUUUGCCGAAGCACCUUGAUGAGAAAGUGGCUGCUCUUCAUCUUGGCAAGCUUGGAGCAAGGCUCACCAAGCUUAGGAAAGAUCAGUCAGACUACAUCAGUAUACCUAUUGAGGGUCCAUACAAGCCUGCUCACUACAGGUACUAAGAUGAUGAUCAAGGGAUAAUGAUGAUAUUAAUUAAGCUUCUAAGGAAUAAACGAUUUCGUCGAUCGGCUUCAUUGUUUCACUUCCAUUUUUUGAUUUUUUCUCAUUAUAGUUUUCAGAUUUGUGUGGGUAGAUUUGGCAAUUUCUUUGAUUUUUUGUAGAAUCUUAGUUCCAUUGGGUUGAAGGGUAAGGGAAGGAAAACAAACCUCUUGGUCUCUCUGCAAUGAGACCAAAUUUGUUUUAGAAUAAGGCUUUGGGUGUGGCUGUGCAGGUUUAUGAUUUAGCAGUUAUAAUACAUGCGUGUUUGCCCAUUAUUGAUAGAUGAAUCAAAAUAAGAAUGAAUGGAGAAAAGAUGUUUUACUUCGUA